AUGCAUUACUGGCAUUUUUCAAAUGAUCAGCUACAAUAUUUCCACAUUUUUCAAAAUGUUCUGCCAUUAUAUUCAUUAAUUCUUGUAUCGCUUCUGCAGUUCUCGAAUAGUGCGAUGUGA